AUGACAGAGAAGGGCGGCCCUGAAUCCUCUCCCUACCAGCUGGAUGCGGCCUCGAUCAAGUUCAAGCAUGGCCGAUUGGAUGGCUCCGUCAUCAAGUCGCUGGUCGGCGGUGACACAGUCAAACUACCCCUGACGAUGACCUUUCUCGACCGCGGCAAUGUCCGAGUCACCAUCGACGAGGAAAAGAGAAGGAAGGGUGAGAUUGAGCUGCGACAGGGCAGUGUUGCUAGAAAGGAGAGAUAUAAUGAAGUCGGUACCUGGGCUCUCACUGGAGCCGGUCUCCACCCUCAGACGACGGCCGAAAUGAAGAAGGUAUCGAAGGAUGUUACAGAAGUAUCGUGGGGGCCUGGCGGUCACUUCAAGGCCAGCAUUCGGCAUGCCCCCUUUGGGAUAGAGUUUUGGUCUGGUGAAGAGAAGCAUGUCGUACUCAAUGGCCGAGGGUUCUUGAAUGUCGAGCAUUGGCGGCCGAAGAUUGAGCAGCCUGUGGUGGACGACAAUAGUACUGAGCCGCCGCCCACCGAACCCACGGAAGACGAAAGCACUUGGUGGGACGAGAGUUUCGGGGGCAAUACUGACUCCAAGCCCAAGGGACCCGAGAGUGUUGCAAUGGACAUCACCUUCCCCGGGUAUGCGCACGUAUAUGGUCUCCCGGAACAUGCUGGACCACUAUCAUUAAAGGAGACCCGUGGGGGAGAUGAGCACUAUGACCAGCCAUACCGGAUGUACAACAGCGACGUUUUUGAAUACGAACUCGACUCUCCUAUGACCCUAUACGGGUCCAUACCAUUUAUGCAUGCGCACAAAAAGGGCUCGACUGUUGGUGUCUUCUGGCUGAAUGCAGCCGAGACUUGGGUGGAUAUUGUCAAGUCGAAACACGACACAAAUCCUCUGACUCUGGGCCUCACUGGUGGUGUUGUUGAUACACAAACACAUUGGAUUUCUGAAAGCGGUCUCCUCGACGUGUUUGUCAUGCUCGGUCCAACCCCUCAAGAGGUUUCCAAAUCAUACGGAGAACUAACUGGCUAUACCACGAUGCCAGCAUCAUUUGCCAUUGCCUAUCAUCAAUGCAGGUGGAAUUAUGUGAGCGAUGAGGACGUUAAGGACGUUGACCGGAAAUUCGACAAAUUCAAUAUCCCCUACGAUGUCAUCUGGCUCGAUAUUGAAUAUACGGACGACAAGAAGUAUUUUACCUGGGAUCCGUUGAACUUUCCAGAUCCUAUUUCGAUGGAGAAGCAGCUUGAUGAGACUCAACGCAAGUUAGUCGUCAUCAUUGACCCCCACAUUAAAAACAAAGAGGGGUACUUUGUAGCGGACGAACUCAAGAGCAAAGACUUGGCGGUCAAGAAUAAGGAGAACAACAUUUUCGAAGGGUGGUGCUGGCCGGGAAGCUCUUACUGGAUCGAUGCGUUCAACCCGGCGGCAAGGGCGUGGUGGAAAUCGCUAUUUACGUUCGAUCGGUUCAAAGGUACGCAAUCGAACGUGUGGCUCUGGAAUGACAUGAAUGAGCCAUCCGUCUUCAACGGACCGGAAAUCACCAUGCCACGGGAUAACUUGCACCACGGCAACUGGGAACAUCGCGACCUGCACAAUAUCAAUGGCAUGACCUUCCACAAUGCCACCUACCACGCGCUUCUGGAACGCAAAAAGGGAGAGACCCGACGGCCAUUCGUGCUCACUCGCUCUUUCUACUCGGGCUCACAAAGAUCUGCAGCAAUGUGGACCGGUGACAACCAGGCAAGCUGGGAACACCUCGCCGCGUCGAUCCCCAUGAUUCUCAAUCAAGGCGUUGGUGGAUUUCCCUUUGCGGGCGCUGACGUGGGUGGGUUCUUCGGCAACCCAAGCAAAGAACUUCAGACAAGGUGGUAUCAAGCCGGAGCAUUCUAUCCAUUCAUGCGUGGUCAUGCACACAUUGACACGCGGAGACGCGAGCCAUAUAUGCUAGGGGAGCCAUAUACAAGCAUCAUGACCCAAGCACUACGGCUUCGCUAUUCACUGCUCCCGGCGUGGUACACGGCUUUCCACGAAGCCGCUACAGACGGGUACCCUAUUGUACGCGCUCAGUAUUUCGUUCAUCCAACGGAUGACAAAGGUUUCGACAUCGAUGACCAGAUGUACCUCGGUUCCACCGGCUUGUUGGUUAAACCCGUCACCAUCGAAGGAGGGGAAAGUGUGGACAUCUACCUAGCGGAUGAUGAGAACUACUACGACUACUUUGACUACACGAUCUAUGCUGGCGGUUCCAGGACGCACAAGGUCGAUGCACCAUUGGACAAGAUUCCGUUGCUCAUGCAAGGUGGCCAUAUAUUCCCUAGGAAAGAGAGACCGAGGAAGAGUUCAGGGUUGAUGAAGUGGGAUCCAUACACUCUUGUUGUCGUGUUGGAUAAGCAAGGCGAGAAAGCAGAGGGUACGCUAUAUGUGGAUGACGGAGAGACAUUUGAUUAUCAGCAGGGGGCCUAUAUCCACCGCAACUUCUCGGUUGCGGGUGGAGUGCUUCGGAGCAGCGACAUUGGCACAAAAGGAGCGAAGACCGCUGGAUAUCUCAAGACGAUGAAGGAAGUGAAGAUCGAGAAGAUUGUCGUGGUCAACGCGCCUGCUGCGUGGUCGUCCGCGGGAGAGAUCAGGGUGACCGAAGACGGCAUCAAGGAGGACAGAAAGGUCGAAAUGAUUUAUCAUUCUGCAGCUGGGAACAAGACAGCUUGGGCGGUGGUCAGGAAUCCCGGGAUGGGCAUUGGCGUGGAUUGGAGUAUGAAAUUUCCAGAGAGCGCGGACUCUGGGCCAAAGACAGAACUGUAA